AUGGGGAUGGACGCCCUGGGCCUUGCACCCAAAGCCAAAUCACCACAGACUGUCAUUCCACCCACCGAAGAUCUCGUUGAUAUCGUCAAUGGUUUUCUGAUCCUCGGGUGUGGGUUGCACGGGAUCGGCCACCGCUCUGGCUCUGCCCAAGACCCUCCUGGCAUGUCUGGGGUUGCAGCAAGGAUGCGAUCUGUGAGCCAUCAGCGGCAUGUGAAGGAUGCAGAAGCCUGA